GUUUAACAAAAAAGAAGCAACUAAAUAAUGCAAAUAAGCAUAUCUUGGUCCCACACGCCGCCAAAAUUUCCCCAACCCUAAACUCAACUCACUAUAUACUUCGAUUUCAACCCCUUUUCUUCAGAUUUCCCUCAUAAUUCCUUCCUAUUUCUUCUCCCUCGAAAUCCUCAUCCCUUUUCGAUUUACCGAUGGCCCUGACGCGCGAGCAGUAUCUGUACAUGGCCAAGCUGGCCGAGCAAGCCGAGCGCUACGAGGAGAUGGUCCAGUUCAUGGACAGCCUUGUUGCCGGCGCCGCCGGCUCUGAGCUCUCGGUCGAGGAGCGCAACCUCCUCUCUGUGGCCUACAAGAACGUGAUCGGCUCCCUCCGUGCCGCCUGGCGCAUCGUUUCCUCCAUCGAGCAGAAGGAGGAAGGCCGCAAGAACGAGGAACACGUGGUACUUGUCAAGGACUACAGAUCCAAGGUCGAGGCCGAGCUGUCCAAGGUCUGUGCCGGGGUUCUGAAGCUCUUAGCCGAUCACUUGAUCCCGUCGGCGGCCUCGAGCGAGUCUAAGGUGUUCUACUUGAAGAUGAAGGGGGAUUACCACAGGUACAUGGCGGAGUUCAAGGUUGGGGACGAGCGCAAGGUGGCCGCAGAGGAGACUAUGUCUUCCUAUAAAGCUGCUCAGGAUAUUGCACUUGCUGAUCUUGCACCUACGCAUCCUAUACGGUUGGGCUUGGCAUUGAACUACUCAGUCUUUUACUAUGAAAUUCUUAAUGCAUCUGACAAAGCUUGCAGCAUGGCGAAACAGGCUUUUGAAGAAGCAAUUGCUGAGUUGGACACUUUGGGUGAAGAGUCUUACAAGGAUAGUACUCUCAUUAUGCAGCUUCUGAGGGACAAUCUCACUCUUUGGACCUCAGAUGUGCAGGUUGGUGACAAUGAUGUGUGCUGAAGGAACAAAAAUGUCUGUCCUUUUUUUCUUUUGUGAAAGCAAACCCCGAACCUAUAGGGGUCAUAGGUAAAAUUUCUUUGAGAAACGAGUAUAAGACUCCAUUUUGGAGAUCAUGAUCAGAAAUCUAGCAUAUGGUUAUGUUAUAGUAUUUUCAGUCAAUGUUGCACUUUAUUUAGUGGAAGCAAUAAUUUUUUAGACUUCAUUGUGGUAGUUUAUGAGAUGGAUUAAAUAUGGCAAUCUAGUUUGUAUCUUUAUAGUCCAAAGGUGCUUGAUGACUUAUGUUGACAAAGGGGUCUGAUCCACCAUGAAGCAUUAACUCGACUGCAUCUCGGGCUUCAUGUUUAUCAGAGGCUCUUUAAAUGCCUUAGCAACAGUAUAUUAGGACUGGUUAGGUAUCUAUUAUGUGUUAAAGCUUGGUGUAUGUGGCUGGGCUUAUCAUGUGAGAUAACAUAUUGAUUGUUAAUAUGCGAGUCUAACAUCCGAUCUGGGUCCAGUUUUUUAGUGCGUCGUUUUCGCUAACCACAUACGCUGAAUUUAAUACUCAAGUAAAAGAUAAAUGCAGUGACUUUUUCUCUGAUUCGGAUUUGAGUAUUUGUUGGGGAAGGAAAAAUCUUUCCCCCGAUUGAGGUUUUAGCUUUUCCAUUCCCAGUAGCAACAAAAUUUUGUCCUGAAAAACUGUUUAACUGGAUAAUUAAUUGAAAAUUAUUCUUAUUCGUGCACCAUUUUGAACUGUCCUUGAAAUUUAUUAUUUCUGCUCCAUCUCAUGCCUGCAAAAACCAAGUCGAGCUAGUUCAUUCUUCUAUAAUAAGUUAAGGUUCAUAUUACCGUCUAGAGAGCCAUUAGCAAUGCUUCUACAUCAGAUACUACAAGAAUCAAAAUCCUCUCGUGUUUUUGCAUAGUUUAUACACUGUCAUCCAAAUGUUUAUGAGCACGAAAAAUAGCAGCUGGGGAUUUUCUGUUUGCCUAAUUUUAAAGAAUGGUUCCGCAAAUGCAAAAUCAUUGGGAUUUUGUUUUGCCCUCUUGAAAAAAGUGAACUAAUCAAAUAAAUUGAAUAUGCUUCUCCAUAUUUUCUCCUACUCCCACUCCCCAUCUCUCUCUCAGAGAAUAAUGAUCUACGCCUACAUCCAUGGACUACUAUUUCCUAGAAAGAUGCAUCAUUGUGUUUUAUUACCACCUGUGAUAAAAAUUUAUAGGUAAUGUGUUUCUCUAGAUUGAAAUGAAUUAAUGUUUUAUUUUCGGUUUUAUGCAGGACC